GAGGAGAGUUGGAGCAGCCUCAGUACCAGCCAGUGCUUCUCCUCGGAUACACUCCACGGAGGUGGCUGCUGCAGCCGAAGACGCCACACACCCUUUCUUCUUGCAAAAAAGAAAAAAGAAAAGAAAAACGGAAUCGUGUUUCCCCCUCAUUUUCAUUUCGGACCAACGUGUGGGAUUGCACUUGUGAUUUUGAAGAGGAAUUAAGCCAACCAAAAUGUACCGACGACGGGAGGGCAGCGGCGGGCUGCUUCUGCAGGCACUCUUGGCUUUACUGCAGAUUACAGCAGAAUGCGGGGUCAUCCCACCAUGCAGGCCUGGUUUCUCUGAAGAUGUAUACAAGGUUGCCUUGCCAGAUAUCAUCGAGAAGGGACAGCCCCUUUUCACUGCGAGGUUUGCCGACUGUAGCCGAGGGGGUCUGCUGCGCUUCGAAUGCAACAACCCAGAGGACUUCUGGAUAGAAUCCGACGGGGUGGUCUACGCCGCCAGGAAUCUGCAGCUCUCUGGACCUCAGGCGUCGGCGCUGUUGAUCAAGGCUAUUGAUGACACUACUCAGCAGGAAUGGAUAACCCUAGCCAGAUUGAUGCCUUCCAAGCAGCAGGUCAUGGAACCCACUUCUGAUCUGGCCAUGUCCAAGGAUUUGACGGAAAUAACAUUUCCGUCACGGAAUUCGGACAGCCAGCUGAAACGCAUGAAGAGAGACUGGGUCAUUCCCUCAAUCAAUGUUGCUGAGAACUCACGAGGUCCAUUCCCACAAGAGCUUGUUCGGAUCCGCUCGGACCACGACAACAACCGAUCCCUGCGAUACAGCGUGACGGGCCCCGGCGCUGACCAACCUCCCACCGGCAUCUUCCUCAUCGACCCAAUCUCCGGAGAGCUCUCGGUUAACAAGCCGCUGGAUAGAGAGCAUAUUUCCAACUUUCAUCUGAGAGCGCACGCGGUGGACCUGAACGGCAACCAGGUGGAAAACCCCGUCGACAUUGUGAUCAAUGUCAUUGACCUGAACGACAACAGGCCCGAAUUCAACCACCCCAUUUGGAACGGCACCGUCCCGGAGGGCUCCAAGCCAGGCACGUUUGUCAUGACGGUAACGGCGGUGGACAAAGACGACCCCAAAACGACUAAUGGCAUGAUCCGCUACAAGAUCUUGUCUCAGAACCCAGACAGUCCCACAUCCAACAUGUACACCAUUAAUAAUAAAACUGGAGGCAUCAUUACUGUGGCAGCAGGCUUGGACAGAGAGAAAGUGCCUCAGUACACACUGAUCAUCCAGGCCACUGACACAGAGGGCAACCCCAUGUACGGCCUCUCCAACACAGCCACCGCCGUCAUCAGAAUCACCGACAUCAAUGACAACCCGCCAGAGUUCACGGCUGACACGUUUUUCGGCGAGGUGCACGAAAACCGCGUAAACGUGAUCGUGGCCAACCUGACGGUGACUGACAAGGACCAACCCAACACUCAAGCCUGGAACGCAGUCUACAAAAUCACCGGAGGCGACCCCACCGGCAGGUUCUCCGUGCCGACUGAUCCCACCAAUAAUGAGGGCCUGGUGACGGUUGUCAAGCCUAUUGACUAUGAAAUGAACCGAGUGUACGUGCUGACAGUGGAGGCGAAGAACGAGGUGCCCCUCGCCAGAGGCAUCCACUCUCCCCGUCAGUCCACCGCCACCGUCACCAUACGGGUGCUCGAUGUUAACGAGAGCCCCUACUUCGAUCCCAACCCCAAACUGAUUAAACUGGAAGAGGGAAAGCCGGCGGACUUCAUGCUGACCACCUUCACGGCGCAGGACCCUGAUCGCUACAUGCAGCAGAGUAUCCGCUACACAAAACUGUCGGAUCCGGCCAACUGGCUGAGGAUCGAUCCCAGCAACGGUAGAGUGACAACAAUGGCGGUUUUGGACAGAGAAUCGCCUUUUGUGAAGAACAGCCUGUACAAUGCCACAUUCCUGGCCACUGACAACGGCAACCCUUCGGCAACUGGCACGGGCACCCUGCAGAUCUACCUGAUGGACAUCAACGACAACGCCCCGAGGGUGUUCCCCCAGGAAGUGGAAAUAUGUGAGAAACCCGAGCCCAACGCCAUCAACAUCACGGCCAUCGACGGCGACUUGAUGCCCAAUGCUGGGCCGUUUGCCUUCGAGUUGGCUAACAUGCCGGUCGAUGUCAAGAGGAACUGGACUGUCACCAGAAUCAGUGGCGACUACGCUCAGUUACGCCUGAGGAUCGGUUUCCUCGACAGCGGCAUUUACGAGCUGCCCAUCAUCAUCACCGACUCCGGGAACCUGCCCUUGUUCAACACCUCCCACCUGCGGGUCAAAGUGUGCCAGUGCGACAUCAACGGCGACUGUACCGACCAGCAGCACAUUAUGGCCGCCGGACUGGGCACGGGCGCCAUCAUCGCCAUCCUGCUGUGCAUCAUCAUCCUCCUCAUUCUGGUGCUACUCUUUGUGGUUUGGAUGAAGCGCCGCGAUAAAGAACGCCAGGCUAAGCAACUCCUCAUUGAUCCCGAGGAUGACGUGAGAGACAACAUUCUCAAGUAUGACGAGGAAGGCGGCGGAGAAGAGGAUCAGGAUUAUGACCUGAGUCAGCUCCAGCAGCCCGACACGCUGGAACCCGAAGCCAUCAAGCCCGUAGGGAUCCGACGUCUCGAUGAGAGACCCCUCCACCCUGAGCCGCAGUACCCCAUGAGGUCUGCCGCCCCCCACCCCGGAGACAUCGGAGACUUCAUCAAUGAGGGCCUGAAGGCAGCCGACAACGACCCCACCGCCCCGCCUUACGAUUCUCUGCUGGUGUUCGACUACGAGGGCAGCGGCUCCACCGCCGGCUCGCUGAGCUCGCUCAACUCGUCCAGCAGCGGGGGCGACCAGGAUUACGAUUACCUCAACGACUGGGGACCUCGCUUCAGAAAACUGGCGGACAUGUACGGCGGGAGCGAUGACUAAGACACGAACGAGGACACCGGAAGACGACGACAAAAUGAAGGAAAGAUUCCUUGUGGAUGGAGUUGGACAUUUUGCAAUGGAAAAGAAAGAAAAAAGGAUGCAGAGAUUUUUUUUCAGAAAAAAAAACAAACAAAAAAAAAGAACCAACCAACCAACUCGGCUUAUUGUUGUAGUCUCCGCGUACAUAAUGCUUGUGGGCGAUGCCGGUGGACGCUCACACCAUUCAAGACUGUUGUGGGUAUUGAAUGCGCUCAGUUACACUUGAACUUCACAGUACAGAAGCACUGGGAUAUAAUGUGCCUUUUUGUACGUUUCUUUUGGACCGAAAUGAUUAGUUUUAUGUUCAAGGCUUUAAUGGUACUGAUUUUCUUUCGGGUGGGGGAUGAUUUCAAAGCAAAGUAUGUGACACUGAUACGCUUCGAUCACUCCCGUUUUUUUUUCUUUCUUUCUUUCCAUUUGUUUGUGAAGGCUUAUUUAAUGAAGGAUCAUCUGUCGACCCGGAUGGCGAGAACCACGAAGAGCAGCACUGUUGAGUAUGCGAGACUUGUCCACGGAAAUUGGACGGGUAUGCAGCUGGUCGCAGCUAAAAGGGAGUUAUGAAUCACAAUUUUGUAGCAGAUUACUUUUCUUUUUUUCUGGAGUGAUGUAGUACAGUAUUUGACAGAAAACAAAAAAAAAAAAACUGUUCUGAUCAAUGUUCACUGAUCAACUUCAUUUGCCUUAGUCAUCAUCGGAUUUUUUGGACUUUUUCUUCACUGUAAAAAGAUGUGUGUACAUACUGUUUUGUUGUUUUCUUUUCAUCUUUUCUUUGGGUGUAGUAUACUAUAAACAAGUGCAAAAAGUUCCAAAACCUGUAAAUGUUUCAUUUGGACAUCAAAAAUGAAAAUUCUUUUUGCAUGUUUUGAUCUUUUCAUGAUGACAAAAUGGAGGGAAGAAAAAAAAUGAUGUUCCCCAAGUUUAUUUACAAGAUGGAGAAAAAAAAUCUGGUUGACAGUGUGUAAAAGUUGAGAGAUUUUGUAUAACUAUAAUUUGAAAAAUUGAAAAAAAUUGUCGUCUCGUCAGCACAACUGUUGAAUUUGUACCCCCCAAGAAAAGUGUGGGUGGGGGUGUGUGUGACAUGCAAGGCACUGAUUAUUAAAGCUGAGCUUUAAUAGUGGAAAAACAUUUUGGACUUGAGCUGUGUGGAAACGCAUUUUGUUCUGCUCAACUAAUUAUCGCUCUCUUACCCAAACUAUUCAAAUAAAAGUCCAGUUUUGGAGCUCAAAAA